UGCUUACAUAAUUCAGUUUCAUCUGGCCAGGAAACCGCUAACGGGGGCAACCCUGUCUCGUCUGUUUCUUCCUCUCCACUAUCAUCUUACUGGCUUUUCAUACGACACGACUCUUAACGACAUUUCCCAAACUCUCCGAGAAGCCCGUCCACCGCAAUCAGUACGACGUUGAAGAAACUACUAGUACGGUUUCGGCAACAUUCAAAUGGCUCAACCUGUAUUUGAAGACCAUCCAUUGGAACAGUAUUUCAGAGCCGCUGGAGAGAAAUCGAGUAUGAUGCCAGGUGGACUUGAGGAACUGCUGGGUACAUUCGAAGACGAGCUGGAAAUAUCACUGGAGGAAGUGGAGACCGUUGAGAAGCUCCUUUACGAUUCUUUUGAGUCGGUUACUUCAGCCUUUGCAUCGCAGUCGUUCUCUGCCUUCGUGGAACGGUUCAAAUACAACGUGAUAUCGUCUUCAUUACUAUCCACCACCCUUACAACACCUUACACACCUCGAGCCACGUCGCAUGGGAUUCCCGGAAAUUUACACACGCACGGUCACUCCAGAUCUUCCAGUACAGAGACGAACCAACAAACGCAAGACACUCAACCCUCACAUUCCCUUAUAUCUGAUUCUCAUUACUUUAUAUUCUCCCUGGCCAUCUCUCUCCUUAUCAUUUUGUUUGGCGCUGGAUAUUAUCUUUCAAGCCUUUCACUUGGCGCUUUUCUCUUGUAUAUAUCUACAACGGAUACCACAUCAACUGUUACGACACCCUCCUUGGAUACAUUGAAUGACCUGAUCUCUGCGGGUAACGUAUGGGAUUCUGUCGUCCAGGAAGUAAUGACAACUCUUGAGCAAGAUGAGAAACGCAUGAAAUACGCCUCUACCACACCCACGUCGCCUCGUUCAUCUCUCCUUGUAGCUCUCCAUUCCACAUUAUUAACCACCCAAAAUCAAUGCGACAACGUUCGCCAACUCCUCUCAGCCCUCGCAUCGCAAACCGAACUCUCACAACUCUCCCAUAUGUAUGCUCCUCCCUCCCCGUUACCCAGCAAAAGCUCCUUCCUCUCCUUCACCUCACCAACGGCAUCACGUCCAUUCUCGUUACCCACCCGAAGACGGACUCUAUCUCAUCCGAACUUACGCACGAUAAAUGACAAGCGAGCGACUUGGAAUGGGUCUUACGCCUCACUAGCCAAUGCUGGAAGUCCAACGAUGCAAAUUCUUAAGCGAAGAGAGAAACGUCGUUCGGAUCUGUCUGCGUUAUUACAUGCCACUUCUCCAAAAAGUGCCAGUGAGCCUGUGACACCAUCCGGUAAUUCAUUAGACGGUUUAGGGCUUGAAGGUGUCGCGGAGGAAGACAUGCCACUGGAUGACGAAGCAGGUCUUCCCAGCUCUGACGAUGAUGACGACGACGACGAAGGCAACGUCAACGUCAGCGCCAGCAGUGAAGGUCAAUUCGGAUUUGCUGCGUUGGAGUUGCAGAGGAAACGAAAGUUCCGCGGGUUACGAGUUCUUGGUGAUAUCCCGCUGCCACCGACACCAACAACGCCCUCACAUCGAAGAAGUUUCAAACCCAGUCCGAACUACAGCACCACCGCUACACCAGGCAUAAAAUCACCCAGAUCACCGUUAAGGUCACCUCUAUUUUCCCCUCGUUCUUCAGUUUCCCCAAUCGGCGCAUCUGCUUCACGGUAUACGAGUAAUAACGUGCCACGACAUCCAUUGUCCUUGUCUGCACUACAUUGCGCACUUCAAGCUGCGGUUGCAUCAAAGAGAUACGCAUGUUCGCAUUUACUUGCUCUCCGGUUCCAGGAAGAGAAAGACGACGAGGCGUAUUGGGAAGAUGUUAGGAGCGUGAUGGGGCUCAUGACGACGACACUUGUGGAUGCGAGUGCGAGGUUGACGGAAGCAUUGGAAGAGGUGGAGAGGAUAAGGUUGGAGUAUGAGCAGCCUUCUCCUCCUGUUCGUGGGAACUUGAAGUUGGCUGGGGAGGAGGAGGAAGAGGAAGAGGAAGGGAAUGAGAAGAUUGUAUUUGGGAAACCGCGACAGAAACAUCGUCGGACUCGUUCUCGAUUAUCGACUUCGAUGACAGGUUUUGCACCGAUGCCAAACCAUGUGGCUAGAUUUGCGACACAUGUUGAUGCUAUCUCGUGUGCGUUGAACGAUGCACGGGAACAGUUGGAGGAAUGUGUGGCUUCGUUGAGGGAGGUGGCGACGACGACAGAAGAACAAGGAGAUGGGGAGGAGGAAGGGGGUUCUUCUGAUCAUCGCGUGGAUCUCGAAGGAGGCGAUCAGCAUCCGGCAUUACAAGCGUAUGAGAGGUUGAGGCGUGAGCUUGGGUUGGCGCUAAGGGAAUGCGAGAGAGGGAGGGAACGGCUGUUUGACGUUGUUCGUUUGCCCCAGGUUGGCCAAUCGGACGAAGAAGAGGGGGAGGAGGCGGAUCUCCCAGGUCUAGGACACGACGUUCGGAGCGAAGAUUCAGAUGGCAAACCUGAUUCGAUGGAUAUCGAGCACCACCACCAUCAUCAUCUACAUUCUGAACCUAACGUGACAGUGGUCAACGCUCCAGACGGUAUCGACGACGUCACGUCACAUCUGUUGUUAACCGCUACGACGGAACACCUACCUCCUCCUGGGGUAGAACAAGUGUACGAAGGUGACUCUGGGAACCUGGGUGUGUUCAAACGGGAGCGGUCGAAACUGUCGAGGGAGGAACGGAUACAGAUGGUGAAGAAGGCUAGGGAGAGCGGGAAGAGGUUGAGUGAUCUUGGAAUCAAAUUGCCGUUAUUGGAGGAAAAUGACGGUACUAGUAAUAAUAAUUCUUCGCGGAUGGAAAGGUGGGGGCCCGGAGGAGAGGUGGUUCAGGAGCUUAAGGAUGUCAUCUGGAAAGUUGGGGAAAGGCGGAGGAAAAUGGCAGAUGGACAUUCUGCACCACCCAUACUGCGAGCAGGGGAGGUGGGAUGAUGCCUGAGGUUCAUGUUGUCCUUUUUUUGUGUCAUUGAUUGCUUGCGUUUUCUAUUAAAGUAGGUACUAAUAAUCGUUGCUUUGAAUCAGAGCAAGUAUAUACGUCUCCUAAUCAUACGAUGCAUUGCGGUUGAGGCGAUGAUAAUUCAGC